UUGCUGACAAAUCAUUAUGAAAGAUGCUGGAAGUAUUAUUGUUUGCCAGGUGGAUGGGGUAACUUUGGUGCUGCCUCAGAAGAAGAACUUCAUUUAUCCAGAAAGUUGUUCUGGGGUAUUUUUGAUGCCUUGUCUCAAAAGAAGUAUGAACAAGAACUGUUCAAAUUGGCUUUGCCUUGUUUGAGCGCAGUUGCAGGGGCCUUACCUCCAGACUACAUGGAAUCAAAUUAUGUCAAUAUGAUGGAAAAACAGUCUUCGAUGGAUUCAGAUGGAAACUUUAAUCCUCAACCUGUUGAUACAUCAAACAUUACAAUCCCUGAAAAGCUAGAAUAUUUCAUUAACAAAUAUGCAGAACACUCUCAUGACAAGUGGUCAAUGGAUAAGUUUGCCAAUGGAUGGACAUACGGUGAAGCGUAUUCUGAAUCCGCAAAAGUGCAGCCAUUAAUGAAACAAUAUAAGUUACUAUCUGAAAAGGAGAAAGAAAUUUAUCGAUGGCCAAUCAAAGAAUCAUUAAAAACUAUGCUGGCAUGGGGAUGGCGAAUUGAAAGAACACGGGAGGGAGAUUCCAUGGCACUGUAUAAUCGGACGCGUCGCAUAUCUCAAACCAGUCAAAUCUCUGUAGAUACAGCCCAUGGUUAUACUCCUCGAGCAAUUGACAUGAGCAAUGUCACCCUCUCCAGAGAUUUGCACGCUAUGGCUGAGAUGAUGGCCGAAAACUACCAUAACAUAUGGGCAAAGAAAAAGAAAAUGGAACUUGAAGCAAAAGUGGGAGGAGGCAACCAUCCUCUUCUUGUCCCUUAUGACACACUCACCGCCAAAGAAAAAGCCAAGGACAGAGAAAAAGCACAGGAUAUUCUGAAAUUUCUACAGAUCAAUGGAUAUGUUGUCUCCAGAGGACUUAAGGACCUGGAAUUAGACACACCUUCCAUUGAGAAACGCUUUGCCUACAGUUUCCUUCAGCAACUUAUAAGAUAUGUGGAUGAAGCCCAUCAGUACAUUCUGGAGUUUGAUGGUGGCAGCAGAGGCAAAGGAGAACACUUCCCAUAUGAACAAGAAAUCAAGUUUUUUGCCAAAGUACAGUAUAUCUUUGUUCUUUGUCAACGUAGUAAGCAGGAGAACCUGUUCUGCAAACUUGGAGUUCUUGUCAGGCAUAGGAUUUCACUGUUUGGAAAUGAUGCAACAUCAAUAGUCAACUGCCUUCACAUACUGGGCCAGACCUUGGAUGCGAGGACUGUAAUGAAAACUGGUCUGGAAUCUGUUAAGAUGGCAUUGAGAGCAUUUUUGGACAAUGCUGCUGAGGACCUGGAGAAGACAAUGGAAAAUCUUAAGCAAGGCCAGUUUACACACAGCAGAAACCAGCCAAAGGGAGUUACACAAAUCAUUAAUUAUACCACAGUUGCUCUCCUGCCAGUGCUAUCUUCGUUAUUUGAGCAUAUUGGACAGCACCAGUUUGGGGAAGAUUUGAUAUUGGAAGAUGUUCAGGUCUCCUGUUACAGAAUAUUGGCCAGUUUAUAUGCUCUGGGAACCAGCAAGAGUAUCUAUGUAGAGCGGCAACGAUCAGCACUAGGAGAAUGCUUGGCUGCUUUCUCAGGUGCCUUUCCAGUGGCUUUUUUGGAAACUCAUUUGAAUAAACACAAUAUCUACUCAAUUUACAAUACCAAGAAUGCGCGAGAGAGAGCAGUUCUUAAUUUGCCUACUAGUGUGGAAGAGGUUUGCCCAAAUAUUCCUUCCUUGGUGAAGCUAAUGGAAGAAAUUGUGGAACUGGCAGAGUCUGGUAUUCGUUACACACAAAUGCCACACAUCAUGGAAGUAAUACUGCCUAUGCUAUGUAGUUACAUGUCACACUGGUGGGAGCAUGGGCCGGAAAACAAUCCUGACAAGACUGAAAUGUGCUGCACAGCCUUGACAUCAGAGCACAUGAACACUCUGUUGGGUAACAUACUGAAAAUCAUCUACAACAACCUUGGUAUUGAUGAAGGAGCCUGGAUGAAGAGAUUAGCAGUGUUUUCCCAGCCCAUCAUAAGCAAAGCGAAGCCACAGCUCCUAAAGACACACUUCCUGCCACUGAUGGAUAAGCUAAAGAAAAAAGCAGCAGUGGUUGUAUCGGAUGAAGAACAUCUAAGAGCAGAAGGCAGAGGUGACAUGUCGGAGGCUGAACUGCUCAUCCUAGAUGAGUUCACCACUUUGGCACGGGACCUCUAUGCCUUCUACCCUUUGUUGAUUAGAUUUGUGGACUAUAACAGGGCAAAAUGGCUUAAAGUGCCCAACCCUGAAGCGGAAGAAUUGUUCCGCAUGGUGGCUGAGGUCUUCAUUUACUGGUCAAAGUCUCAUAAUUUCAAAAGGGAAGAACAGAACUUUGUGGUACAAAAUGAAAUCAACAACAUGUCUUUCCUUAUCAGUGACACCAAAUCUAAGAUGUCAAAGGCAGCAGUUUCUGAUCAGGAGAGGAAGAAGAUGAAGCGAAAAGGUGACCGGUACUCCAUGCAGACCUCUCUCAUUGUGGCAGCACUGAAGAGAUUGCUUCCCAUUGGCCUAAAUAUUUGUGCUCCUGGAGACCAAGAGCUAAUUGCACUGGCCAAAAAUCGAUUCAGCAUGAAAGAUACUGAAGAUGAAGUACGAGAUAUCAUCCGCAGUAAUCUUCAUCUCCAGGGCAAGCUUGAGGAUCCCGCCAUUAGAUGGCAGAUGGCACUUUACAAAGACUUACCAAACAGGACUGAAGAUUCCUCAGAUCCAGAGAAGACUGUGGAAAGGGUCCUUGAUAUAGCUAAUGUACUGUUUCACCUGGAACAGGUUGAGCAUCCUCAGCGGUCUAAAAAAGCAGUGUGGCAUAAGCUGCUAUCUAAGCAGAGGAAAAGAGCAGUAGUUGCCUGCUUUAGAAUGGCACCAUUGUAUAAUCUGCCAAGGCACCGAGCUGUCAAUCUCUUUCUUCAAGGCUAUGAUAAAUCUUGGAUUGAAACAGAAGAACACUAUUUUGAAGACAAACUGAUAGAAGACUUAGCAGUACGUCUGGGCGCAAAGGGUCAUGGGAAU